AUGUUACCAUUACUAGUGAUACUUGGUGUGGUGUUUGUAACAUGGUACUGGUGGAGACCUGUUCCCCGUUCACCUCCGACGGUUCCUGGAGCACUGCCCAUCAUUGGCCAUCUAUGGGAAUUCAUAAAACACCGGAAUGAUCUAUGGCAGUACAUGGAUCACAUUAUAGACGACGUGCUAGAAAACGAAGAGCUUGUUCAAUUAAAGUUGGGAACACAUACCCUUUACAUUGCAAGCGACCCAGAGGAAGUCGGCAUUAUAGCUAACGCAUGUUUGGGCAGGCCAUAUUUUUACAAUUUCCUUAUAGAUGGAAUUGGAAAUGGAUUGGUAACAGCUGAUGCGGCUAUGUGGAAGAUACAUCGAAGAUUAUUAAAUCCAGCAUUCAGUCAGGUUGUGCUGAACACAUUUUUACCUGAAAUGAACGCGCAAGCUCAAUAUCUGGUCUCAGAAUUGACUACUAUGGCAGGCAAGGGGCCAGUAGACGUCAAAGAAACAUUGAAUAAAUUUGUUCUGAGGACAGUUUGUCGAACAUCAUUAGGAUUGAACGCUAAAGAUCAAGAUAUGGUUGGCGACAAGUACGCGAAAACUAUUGACGAAUAUUUGAAAAUAGUAUGUGGUCGAAGUUAUAAUGUAGCAUUGCAUCCUUCAUUGAUAUACAAUAGCACAAAAUUGAGAAGCAGAGAAUUGGAAGUAGCCAAAGACAUUGAAAACAUUUUAAAUCCUAUAAUAAAGAAACGGAAAUCUGAUUUUAAAGCAAAUAACUCUACGGUCAGUGGUGAUAGUUCAAUAACAGGUAAAUUCAAACCUAUACUAGAUCUGUUACUGCAUUUAUCUGAUGAACAGCAUGUCUUCUCCGAUGAAGAUAUCAGACAACAUCUGGACACUUUUGUCAUAGCGUCGUUUGAGACAACAUCAUCAGUACUUCAAUCAAUGUUCUUUGUUCUGGGCUCAAAUCCAGAUGUGCAAGAACGAAUUUUCGAAGAGGUCCAAGAAGUAUUUGGGAACAACGAGGAGCUAACUAAACAAGACAUGUCUAAGCUUAUUUAUUUAGAAGCAGUUCUAAAGGAGUCAUUGAGACUUCUUAAUAUAAUUCCUUGGAUCGGGAGGAAACUUGAUACUGAUGUUGUACUUCCUAAAUACACCCUACGAGCUGGUAGUACAUGUAUGCUGUCAGGGUUCGGUCUUCACCGUCACUCCUCGUGGGGGCCGGACGCAAGGGAGUUCAAACCGGAGCGAUGGCUAAAUCCUGGCACUGUACCUACUAACCCCAACGCAUACGCCGUGUUUGGUAUUGGCAAGCGAAACUGCAUUGGGAAACAAUACUCUAUGAUGUCCUUAAAGAUGUCGCUGGCACAUAUCGUACGCAAGUUUAAAAUUACUGGCGAUUUCAAUAAAUUGAAAUGGAAAUACGAAGUCGCCUUGAAACCAGCAACUACAGCCCUUGUUGAUAUCAAGUUAAGGUCUUGA